CGUCCCGAGCCAAUGGGAAGUGGGGACGUGGUACGAACUCGGCUCCUCUUUCUCUUUCUCUUCUCCGGGCUCGGCUGCAGGGCGAUCCGCGGAACGGCCCGAGACAAGAGGCGUCAUCUGAGUGCAAACAAAUGAAGGGAUCUCGGAAUCCGCUUGAAGGAAACCUAGGAAACGGACCCAGGAAUUCGGCUUCUGGUCCAGCGAUACUGCUCCUCAGUGGAUGCUCAGAGACGAGAGACUUCCGUGCGCAACGUAAGUGGUCCUUGAAAGGGCUCCUUCGUCGGUGCAAGAGAGCGGUGCAAAGCCUAGCUGAUGGGCAGGAGACCAAGGUCACCACAAAAGACAUUGCCAUCCUUGUGACUUUGGCCGUGCUGUUGCUGAUCUCCGUGGCUCUCAAUAUUUAUCUGGCUGUCAAGCGCCACCGUUUGCAGGCUGCUUUGAGCCAUUCGUGCCCCCAAGGCUGGGUCAGGAGCGGAGGCCGGUGCUACUUCUUCUCUGCUACUGAAGAGGCCUGGGACGUUGGUCAGGAUCGUUGCAUUUCCCACAGGGGCUCCCUGGUGGCGAUGGACACUUUGCAGGAAAGGGAUUUUGUCAUGAGCUCGGAAGGCUUGGCUGGUUACUGGAUCGGCCUCCGGAGAGAGGGAGUCAGAGAGCCCUGGAAGCAGCCGGAUGGGUCCCUCUUCAGCAACUGGUUUCCAAUAGGAGGCAAUGGUCUCUGCGCCUACCUGAAUGACAAAGAGGUCAACUCUACACGGUGCAUCAACAGCCAGCGAUGGAUCUGUAGCAAACUUGUUACAAUUCCGCAGGGUCUGUAAAACGGAGCUGUCUGCCUUCUCAAAGGAUAUAUAUUUUUAAUAAAAGGAUUCCAUUUAUUAAAUUAUGUAGCAGUCCAUUUACUCUUACUGUUUCAGGAUGCUGAUUUAGGAAAGACCUUCGUUCAAGCAACUGUCAAAUUCUGUCUAAAAGGUGUCAAUACGUGUAGCAAGCGAUAUCACUUUAAUUUAUUUACAAAUACUAAGAUCACAUUUACUGGCAUUUUAACCCUCCCUUCUUCUACCAUUUGGGUGUGAAAUGCGCUGGGUAGGGUUGCCAGGUCUGGGUUAGAAAAUACCUAGAGCAGGGGUGAUGCAGCCCGAGGGCUGGAUCAGUCCCCCGGAGGGCUUCUAUCAGUCCCGCAGUGGA